GCCUUUUUUUUUUUUCUUUUUCCUUUCACAUUUCUACAAUUUUUUGCACUGAAAACAAAAGGCACCCGGACUUUGCUGCAGAAAACGCACUUUGUGCGUCCCGGGGAAGCAGAGACGGGACUGCUGGAAUCUCUUUCGUCACCAGUGGUGACGAAAGCAAGCGCGUUUCGGUUGUUUUUGCAAGGAUUAUUAGAGGGGAGAGGAAAAGGUUUGGGACAAGGAUCAAGAGUCAAUAAACCAUCCUAGUUACACUUGGAGCUGGCCUUUCGCUUUGUGCAGAUCGUUAUCGCUGUUCGGCCUCUUGGGUACUGAAGACUGCAAGGCUUCCAGCAGGGCUGACUUUGAGGACCAUGCCAUAAUGAAGAACGAUUCGCCGGUGAUGUUGUCUGCCGUCGCCAGGGCAAGGGGCCUAUUAAGAAGCAGCGAGCCCAGCCUUCUCUCUCCAGCGGCACCCCGAGCAGUUUCCUUGUUAGAGGAAGCGGCUGAACUCCUGGUUUUGGACAGGGACUUUGCUGCAGCGGUGGACAGAUGUGAGAAAGGCUGCCAGAGCCUUUUGGAAAACGAUGGCGAUUCUGACGGAUCCAACUCUGAAGAUCUGAAAUGCUCUCUGUGUAUUGUUGGCAUCCAAGCUUUGGCUGAAAUGGAUCGAUGGAGAGAAGUCAUCCCAUGGGUUCUUCAGUAUUACCACAAACCCAAAUGUUGGCCUCCCAAAAUUCUGGAGCUCUGCAUCCUCCUCCAUAGCAAAGUGGAAGAACCUCAUGUGAUGUUAGAUGUUGGUGGGGACUGGUUAUACUGCCCAUCCAAUCAGAACCUGUCAAGUUAUGGCCUGUUGGCUCAGCUUUAUCUUUUCCAUGUGCUCUUGCCACUCGGACACUUUUCAGAGGCAGAGGAGCUGAUCCAAGGUUGCAAAGCUUUGAGCCAGGAGCAGCGAGAAGACAUGCACAAAACCCUUCAAGAGAAACAGCAUCAGUGGCUACAGAAAGAAGCACCUCCAAUUCCUGAGGAGCAGCCAGAGAUGUCCUGGAAGCUGCAGUUGGGUUCAGUGUCUCAAAGGAUGUUGACCAUCUUGGUCCAGUUGAGAAGACUGCUGGAGUCUUUGGCAAGCCAGUUCAGUUCUAUCCCCUUCAAAAAGACACUUUUGGCGGCCCUCCUGUUGUGUCUCAUUGUAGUGAGGCUUGACCCAGCAUCCCCUACUUCUCUACCCUUCCUCUACAGGCUGACCCAGCUUUUCCAUCAAGCUCGUUUGGCUUUACUUCCUCCAAGCAGAAGACCUCCUGUUCAAGACUAGCUUGCUCUUUUGUCAUCUCUGGAUACUAUGAUAUGCUCCCAAGCCAACACUGCAGGUUUGGGGACAAUGCCGAACAUAAAGCGACGGGAGUUUCUUCCAAGACCAAGAAUGUGUUCUGAAAGUGGAUAUGGCUGGAUGGAAUACAAAAGUCCAUAUGAAGAGGUUUCUCUUGGAUUAGAACGUGCUUUUUGUGCUCAUUCCUGUUUAGAAACAUGUUUAUUUUAAGUGAGUGACAUUUGCUUCCAAGUAAACAUUGAGAUCAAGGUGUGACAGACUAUUUCAGGUGUUUUUUUAAAUCUUCACUUUGGCAAGGAGACAUUAAACUUUUUUUUUUUCUAUCUGGGAAAGACUAUGCCUGCCUCUCUUCUCCUGGUAUACAUUUGUCAUGCAGAAGUUUUUCCUUCUCUACCUGGCUGUGAGGCCCUCCAAACCAAAGAAAGGCACCUGUUGAUUCUUCCAAGUAGAUUUCUUUAUUCUUCCACACCUAUAGACAGCAUCUUGCCAGACUAAAGCAUUCUACUAUAUACACUGGGCAUAUUCUCUGAGAACUAUUAAGGAGGCAAUGUCUCAACUACUUCUUCUCACACUAUCUGAAGUGAGCUGCCUCUUAUUUCUCUGGAAUACACCCCUCUCUCAUGGCAAUCCAGUCCACAACAUUCCACCACAGUGGCUGCCUUCAGAUGGGAUGGACAACAAUCCCAUUUCCCUCAUUCAUCAGAUCAUAUCUGGAGAGCAAACAGCUGGUGCAGAUUCCAUGUAAAAUUUAUGAGUGUUUUUGUGCAAAGAAGAGGAAGUGAUUCUUCUAGAGAAAGCCGUAUCAAAUUAAGUGGUUUUCUCUUUAACUUUAAGACUGAGCUGCCAGUGCAGAAAGCAAGAUAUGAAAUGAUUAAUCACUUUAAUCUCAACCUUCCUUUCAUCCCUUUACUCAUCAGAGGCCCUGGGUCUUUUCAUGGGGAGUAUGGACAUUGCUUUUCCUGACUUGGUAGUGAAACCCAGAAUCACCUUAGAUGGGUAGCAUAUAAAUGUAACAAUUUUUUUAAAAAAAGUCCUUGCUAAUGAGUGAUAGAUUCUUGUGAUCUUCUGUGCAAGUCUUUAUACAAGGAAGAGCUGUGAUGCUUUUAGCAACUUUGCUCAUUAUUUUGUAAGGGUUAGGAUGAGCAAGCAUUUUCAGGGGUGGGAGAAAUUUGCAAAUGAUAUUACAUGUUGUUUAAACCAGUUGCUAUCCCCGUUUAAUGUCUAUUUCAUGUUUUAAAAAGUGUUUUGGUUUUA